AUGGACCUCACUCUCCUGUGGGUGCUUCUGCCCCUGGUCACCGUGGCCUGGGGCCAGUACGGCGACUACGGGUACCCGUACCAGCAGUACCAUGACUACAGCGAUGAUGGGUGGGUGAAUCUGAACCGGCAGGGCUUCAGCUACCAGUGUCCCCAUGGGCAGGUGGUGGUGGCCGUGAGGAGCAUCUUCAACAAGAAGGAAGGCUCUGACAGACAAUGGAACUACGCCUGCAUGCCCACACCCCAGAACCUCGGGGAACCCACGGAGUGCUGGUGGGAGGAGAUCAACCGGGCUGGCAUGGAAUGGUACCAGACGUGCUCCAACAACGGACUGGUGGCGGGGUUCCAGAGCCGCUACUUCGAGUCAGUGCUGGACCGGGAGUGGCAAUUUUACUGCUGCCGCUACAGCAAGAGGUGUCCAUAUUCCUGCUGGCUGACUACAGAAUAUCCAGGCCACUAUGGUGAGGAAAUGGACAUGGUUUCCUACAAUUAUGAUUACUACAUGCGAGGAGCAACAACCACUUUCUCUGCAGUGGAAAGGGAUCGCCAGUGGAAGUUCAUAAUGUGCCGCAUGACUGAUUACGACUGCGAAUUUGCAAAUGUCUAG